GGCCUCAAGUACAUGUUAAAGCAACUUCUCCCCUGGAUACUCGUAAAGGACUUGACUGAAAUAGGCUUCUUCAAUUUUCACGGUUCUCUCCCACGUCUGACAAAGUGCAUCCGCCGCCGCUGCAUAAACUGCAUUCAAUUUCAUUCAACAUGUUCCCCGCAACGAAAUUUAGCGCCGGCCUCAAUUCGACAACGACCGCUUAGUGUCUUCCAUGAACACAUUGUGCGGUGGAACUCUUUCUCUACAGGUGUGUUCGGACCCAACAGGUGAUGGAUAGAUACUUUGUUAGGUAGUGGAUACUGAAACCGAAUCGAGUCACUGUGGAUUGCGGUAAGCAAUAGUAGAUACAAUCAGUUCGUUAUAGUGUAUUGGACGUAUCGCUUCGGUUCGCGUCGAGUUCUUGGAGCAAAACGGCUCCAAAGAUAGCCUCUGUACGUAGCGUCUCCGAAUCCGACUUAGUGAAAUCGAAUUGUUCAGGUGACGCUCGUUACCACCGUGAAUAAAUAAUAUCUUGUGCAAGUCUGCCGCCAAUGGUGUGGCCGAGAUUCAAAAGUGCUAUUUGUUCAGUGCGGAGUGUUAUAAGAUAUGAAUUAUUUUCUAGAUUGCUUAGUGCUUAGUGAAGUGCGUCCUGAGGUGAAGAGUCCCUUUCCGUUUAAAAUUUGAUCACGACCCUAUUCUGAAUUCAGUGACUCUACGAAUUUGGAAGGAAUAUCUACUCUUGAUAGUGGACUGAGAUAAAUAUUAAUAAGCGAGUGGCUCACCAGAAAAAUCGUUUACUCUCUAUUUCUGCCAACUUCCUCUGGAAUAAAUUUGAAAUCAUCGAUUGUGGGAUUUUGCUAUGUAAAUUGAAGCAUUCUUUGCGCAUUCACGCAAUUCCAUUAUACGAAUCCACACAUGGCGAAAAUGCUAUGUUCCCAUUUUCGUUCGAAAUCAAGAUUCUUUCAAUGACUAGCUGGAUCUUGAAUGUGCGGAAAUAGUAGACGUGGACAUGCGAGCCCAUUAUUAACAGCUCAAAGGAUCUUAAUGGAAUCAAAUACUGAGUCCUGAAUCUUUUCGCCCGUCGAAUACCUGUGAAAAUAUCAAUUUGCUGUAUUUCACUUGAUUUGCAACCACAUUCAAAGGGAAUAUGUCUGCCUGCAUUGUGCGACGUCGUUUACAAAUAUUCGGAGUUAUUGCGUGUGCAGUUCUUGCAUUAUUGAGUUCGGCCGGAGCAAAGCCUACUUUGAACUUUUCGUUUGCCAAGUCGUUUUCGCCAGUUCGCUCCUUGCAAUCGUUUACACAGCAAUUUGUCGAGAAGCGUGUCCAGCAUCAGAUGAAAACAUACAGUGGCCACCGCAUUCAGAAUGAUUCGCUGAUUAUGAUCUACCACAAUGACCAGACGAUAGCCGUUGUGGAGCUGGGGCCGGAUAAACUGUUACUUGGAUGCGAGCUGAUCGAAAUAUAUAACGACGAAGAAGGGCAGCGUCUGUUGAAGCAGCUUUCUGAUUUAAAUGAACCUUUAGAAAUCAACUUUUCGGAAAUGAUAAAAUUAAUGAAACAAUGUGAUAUGGUAGAAAAAUUAAAUGCAACAAACAAUAGCGUCCGAAGAGACAGCAAGCGCGAAGCGGAUCCGAAACAAGCUUUAUUCCCGCGAAGUCCUUUGUCCUUACUCAACGGGAUUAUACCAGGCACUAAAUGGUGUGGAACAGGAGACAUCGCCAGAACUUACAAAGAUUUAGGAACAGAAAUGACCAUGGAUCGAUGUUGCCGCACACAUGAUUUAUGCCCAAUGAAAGUGAGAGCUUUCCAAAGACGAUAUGAGUUACACAAUGAAUCGAUUUAUACGAAGUCCCAUUGUAUAUGCGAUGAUAUGCUUUUCUCAUGUUUGAAGAAAACAAACACGUCUGCAGCGCAGUUUAUGGGCUCAAUAUAUUUUAAUCUAGUUCAGGUACCUUGCAUUCACAAAGUUGGCGAAUCAUAUGAAUUUAGGCCUGCUCGUGAAGGGUUUUAGUGACUUAAGCUUAAUAUUCUAGGACACUGUUGACCAGUUCGAACUCAUUCCCAGUGUAAUAUAAUUUGACAUAUUUGUACAUUAUACUAUUGUUAAGACUCAGUGCUAAUUUAACUAUUUUUUAUCUUCUAUGUUUAACUUAUUUUCCUGCUACUUCUUUCCUUCAAAUUGUUAUAGCCAAUGGUAUUUUUUACUACUGUACUAAUCGUAUUGCGAUGUGAUUGUUUAAAGGAAAGUUUAAACAAUAAAGUAAGAAAUAUGCACA